CGGCUCUACGGCUACAGACAAGCGUCACACCGACACAUCCGUCGCGCUUUACAGUGAAACGCUAAAACGCGCGACACAGGCCUGCGUCCGCAACCCUAAACCGACACAUAGCGGAUUGUUCGCGUCUCAUAUGAGGCACACGAGCAGCCAAACCCUUCCAGAGGAAACCGUCGAGUGCUUAAUGAAAGCGAUCGAGCGACUGACCGGGAAGAAAACGAGGAAAAUCCAGGAAUAAUGCACGACUCCGAGGGUUUGUGCUUCCAUCUGAUUUGAAGAAAACCAUGAAAUCCUCUACUUGCAGCACCUGAAACAGAUUUACAUAAUCAAGACACAAUGGAAGAGCCGUACAAAGAUUCUGUAGCCGUAGACAUGGCAAACCCUCAGGAAGAGGUCUGCAAUAGUGGAGCCGCUGCCACUGAUGCAGUUGGGAAAAUCGAAGGGGAAGCCACUCCAAUUAUUCCAACUGAGACAUGGAAUGUCAGCUCUCCAACUAUCACAAAGCGAUCCCUGUCGCCCCUGCUAACAAUACAAGCCACACCGGUGGUGACCCCGGCUGCAGAGUCUCCCAACGGUGUUGCCCUGAAGGUUGCUACAACUGUGCUUCAGCCAAUCUGCUUGGGGGAGAGUCCAGUGGUGUUGCCAAUCCUUGCUGGCCCAGCUGCCCCUCAAGUUGGACAAUCAGGGGCUACUUCAUAUCUGAUGACUAGUCAGGGUCCUGUGUCCCUACCUCUGGUCUUGGAACAACAAGUCCUCCAACAUUUGAAUCCUCAGUUGCUUCAACAAACAGCAACUUGUCCUGCCCUGCCGCUACAGAACAGCAUCCUGUGCCAGAACCCUUCUCUUGCUCUUGGAGCACCUCCAAUCCUGGACCAGAAAGGCACAAGUCCAGUGUUGGAUACCAGUCUACUGACUCUUCUUCAGAACCCUAACUUUGCAGCCAUCUUGCAGGACCUCUUCCCUGGCCAGGGGAACUCUUCUCCAACUCGUCACCCAGCAUCUUCCCCGCAGGUCGACCUUGCCUCUGCGUUUCUUCCUCUUCCGCCUCUCUUGCACCCCUACAGCUCUCCACUAGCCCCUCUGGUGCCACCAGCCACCCUGCUAGUCCCUUAUCCUGUUGUAAUCCCACUUCCAGUGCCUCUUCCAAUCCCAGUGCCAAUCCCUGUCCCGGUCUCCAUGUGCAAGGACUCCAAGAUAGAGAUAGACCGCCCUAAACCGGCUUGUACUUCUAGCAAAAGCACCCAGACUUCACCUAGUGACAUCUGCCCUCACUUGACAUUUACCAGCAAGGAAAUGGCAGUAGUCCAACAGCCUCUUCGCUCUUGCUCGUCCCCUGUAGUGACAGACGGAGAAGUGCUAGAUUUAUCCAUAAGGGCGCCUCAACCUUCAAUGCAUGUUGAUGUUCCACAAGGGAUCCAGCCGUUUCAGCAAGACCGUGUCCUUGAUUUGUCUAUACCUAGUACAAGAAAGACAUGCAUCCAGACUUGUAGCAUGUAUGGGCCAUUGGCCCCGGAGCGGGAGAGGGUGUGCCACAUGGUGGACGAUGUUAGCAGUGGGGCUUUGGCUCUUGGGGUUCUACGGCCAGUAGACUGCACACCAAAGCUAGAUACCAAGCUGCUAAGUGGUUUAGCAUCUCUAGAGUUCAGCAGACAGCACAAGUGGGUGGUAGACAGCGGUCACGGCAGCGCAGUGGCUGGGGCGGUACGUAACUCUGCACUCACCGGAAGUGGCAACAUCGAGAUCGUCAGCACAUCGCAGACAGCCAAAGUCAUUGUGUCGGUCAAAGAUGCCAUGCCUGCCAUUUUCUGCAGCAAGCUAAAAGGAUUGUCAGGCGUUUCUACAAAGAACUUUUCCAUAAAACGUGAUGCCAGUCAGGGGGGCUUCGCAACAAUGCCCAGGGUCCCGGGGGAUCAGCGAGGAGAAUCCAGUGACCCGCUCAAAAAGAUCUCUAAAAACAGAGGCAUCAAACUGAAGAAAGUAAGCUCCCAGGAGAUUCAUAUACUGCCCAUAAAGAAGCAGCGACUGACGGCGUUUCUACCUAGAAAAUAACAUAUGCUCUUGCUUUCAGAGGGAGAAGGGAAAACCAAGGACAUAAGCAAUGAAACCGCUUCUGAGGUGUAGCUAGGUAAAUAACUACAGUGAUUGGUCUGAGAAAUAUAUAUAACCAGGGUAUGAUGAUGCUAAAUGCAUUCCUGGCAGAAAUAAGCCCUAAAGCUUUCUCUCCAAGCUGUCCAAAUGAUUUAGACUGAUGCAGGGUGCCUCUGGUCUGACGGUUGGCGUUUGAUCCAUUCAUUAUUAAGCAAUCAGACGAAGUCAACAGGAAAAUGCUCCAAGUAAAAGAACCAAUCUGAACUGGCUAAACUGCGCUACUACUGAUAUCCUUUAGCAUUUUCAGCAUUAAUGCCAGAAUCGAAUCCCUUCCUAUGCAUUUAGAUUUUUGGUCACACGUCCUCAUGAAUGAUUCAUUACGCGUAAUCUGCAUUUUCAUUAAUAUGCAUGAGAUCUGUUUUGAAACCUGGCCAGCUGUCAGUGAGAAACACAACGUGCAGCACUGACAGAUUCUCUUCUCGCUAAUAUGCUUUUGCUGAAUUCUUGCUCUCCUCUCGCUGUUUACACUUGGAGUGCAAGACGUUUCCCAUUUUUGGUCCUAAUGAACUGUAGAAGGGAACCGUGACCUUUUGCUUCCCUAAUCACUGUAUUAAUCAGUGGGGCAUUGGAGUGGAGCAUCCUCUUUGAAGAACAGGAGGGGUAAGCAGUUAGCAUGGCAGCCUGAUAAUGACUUGGCAAAGCCCAGACCUCGGUUUCAUUAAGUCUGAUGAUUGGAGGAAAUGGUUGUCAGUGGCAACAAAGCAUAAUUUUCAUCAUCCUCCCUUCGGGGGGCAAAAAGCCUCCCUCCACCCACCUACCCCAAACUAAAUUAAAACUAAAUAAUCAUCAGGGGUUUGUCCCUAACGACAACAAAUCUGAGUGAAAUGGCUUAUUAAUGCUGUUUUUGUGGCCUCGUGGUCAUUUUUUAGAUUAUUGUCAGCCAGCUGUGUGAACACACAAGGAGAGUUUCACUUGCAAGAGUGUACAGAUUUUAAUGAUAUUUAUAAUGACGAUCUUAAUAAACCUUCAGUGUUUUAGAUGAAAUAUUGCAGACAAUGGACGUAAAGAGUUAAAAAUCAAGCAUCUAUCCCUCAGCAAGCAGUAAGAUCAUUUUUCCUUCACGGUUGAACCUGGUUUUCUUUAUACAUGUUACUGGACAUAUUGUGCGAAGUCCAUCAGUGUAUGUUAUUCCCUGUUUUUUGUAAUCUUUCAUGAAAAUAAAAAAGCUUUGUAGGUGAUGUCAGCAAGGUUGCACAAGCAAUUGGCUAAUAUUAAGGCUAUUGGGUCACUGUUUUAAGCUACUGUUGUGGGUAAUGCAGUAAUCUUGUAAUAGAUAAUGCAACUAUUUAAUGCCAAGUAACAUUACAGGAAAAGAGGCUACGGCAAUAAUAGCAAAUGAUGAUAGAAUUGAAAGUGUUACCAUUUGAAUAUGUGGAGAUGCUCUUGAGGGUGAACUUGACCUUUAGUCCCAAUCAAAACGCCUCUUCAUAAGUGUGUGCUGGUUAUAUUUACAAUCCACCGCAAACUCCCCUUUAGGUUUGGCUUCAUUCCCCCGCUUUUCAUGAUCAAAUACACCUCUGAUGGAUAAAAUCAAGUGCCACCCUACUUUCUUUUUUAACUUUAAACCUUUCAUUAAGAAUUUGGAUUAUGAAUGCUGCUUUAUGAAUGCACUAAAUCUGUGUAAAUCUUUGUUGCUUUCAUGUGGCUGGUGGUUUGAUUGAUAGCACGAGGGCGUGUUUCGAAACGCAGGUUUCCACCCUCUCAUUAACCUUCUGAUCAUCCCAGCCAGUUUAGUAAUACUUAUUAAAACCCUGGUACAGUUGACAGACACCAGGUCACAAACUGAAUACUGAAUCAGAUACAUUAGCCCUGUGAGUAUGUUUUUAUAGCACAUGUCAUCCCAGUAUCAAAAGAAAAUACACAUAAUAUAUAUAUAUCUCCUGUUUUUAGAACCUUUUUUGCAUUGUGACAUUUUCGUGACUACUAAACACAUUUUCCCUUUUUGUUGUAAUGUCUGGAGGGUUAUAUAAUAUAUAAAAUGUUCAUAUUAACAUUAAUAUAAAGUUAUAAUACUGUCACAAUGUAUAAAUCCCGUACAAUUUAAAUUGUUACUUUUUUGUGCAUUCAUAAUAAUGAGAAUUUGG